AUGUCUGCCCAGCCCCUCCGUAUCGUUAUGGCCUGCGACGAGGCCGGUGUCCCUUAUAAGGAUGCCCUUAAAGCCGUUCUCGAGAAGAACCCCGGCGUUGCCUCAAUCAUCGAUGUCGGUGUCAACAGCAGUGAUGACAAGACUGCCUACCCUCACCCAGCUGUCGAGGGUGCCAAGCUCAUCAAGGAGGGCAAGGCUGACCGUGGUCUCUUCAUCUGCGGUACUGGUCUUGGUGUCGCUAUUGCUGCCAACAAGGUUCCCGGUAUCCGUGCCGUCACUGCUCACGACCCCUUCUCCGUUGAGCGCUCCAUCCUGAGCAAUGACGCCCAGGUCCUCUGCUUCGGUCAGCGUGUUAUUGGUGUUGAGCUCGCCAAGAAGCUUGCCGUCGACUGGCUCCAGUACCGCUUCGACCCCAAGAGUGGCUCUGCCGCUAAGGUCCAGGCCAUCAGCGACUAUGAGACCAAGUUCGCUGGCUCUGCCUAA